AUGCCCCCCCCAUCGCCCCCCAUUACCCCCCAGCCUAGCGGCACAUGCCCGUGUCUACUAGCAAACUGGCGGGUCCUGACUAACCCUAGCAUGAGAUCACGUGGACACCUCUCCGUCCCCCGUACGCCCCCGCGGGCGGCGCGACGCCCAACGCCUGCCCCCCACCCCCCGCGCUGCCCGCCUCUUAAACCCACCCCGACCGUCCCCCCGCCAUCUCGCCAACUCCCCCGGCCCCGCCAACUGGCUACCUCCCCCCGGUGGCCUCGCCCCGGCCCCCAUCUGGGCCGUGACGCGCCACCAGAGGCCUUUGGCCCGGAGCUAGGGGACUAG